AUUCGUGAAAGAGUCCAAAGCCGUCAUGGCUGGUCGAGGAAGGGGCCGUGGUGGUGCGUCGUUUAAUAUUGGUAUUUUAGGCUUUAACAGAGGUGAUGCUCUCCCUCAGCCAAUUCACCAGCCACCCCCUUUGUUCCCCCCAUUGGAAUUGAAAGCUGUACCUUUACUGCAAGGAGAGGAGUAUGAUUACAUGCUUGCAUUGAAACAAGAAUUCCGAGGAACCAUCCGGGAAUCACCGUUUUACCUGAAAGUAACUGAGAAGAAGAAAGACAUUCACCGAUAUUCAGAUAAAUACCAAAACAGUGGAAAUGAUGGGAACAGCUGUUUUCAACCAGGUUUGAUAGAUUGGGAUCGUCUUCCGCCUGAACUCAAAACACUGAAGAAGAAACUGAAGAAAGUCAGGUUCACCCCGAAACCAAAUGUUCCGACCAAAGCUGAGGCUGCUGAGGUUCUGAAGACUUUGGAGAGUUUGGAGAAGAAAGAUGUGAAUCCUGAUGAGAAUGAAACGGAAGAAAACGAAGGAGAAGAGAAUGAGCUGGAAGAGUACUAUGAGGAAGAAGAGGAAGAAGAGGACAAUGACUACAAUUUGAACUACUUUGAUAAUGGGGAAGAUUAUGGUGAUGACGAUGAUGAUGAUGUUGAUGAGGGGCCUACAUACUGAGACUGAUGAACACAGAGUAUUAUUAUUAUCAUUAUUAUUAUUAUUAUUUACUCUGUCUUCUGUCACCACAGCAAUGUCUCCAUUAUAUUCAAUUUUCGGCAUACAUCCAUUGCAGAAGAAGAGUCAGGGACUGUCUAUCCCUGCCUUUCAUUCUAUAUUUUCUACUUUUAUCUAUUAAAUGAGUGAAUCUCUGUUUGUGUAUAUAUGAUUAGAGAGUGUAUGUAUAUGUGUAUGUGGUCUAUAUUGUGCCUUAGAAAUAGAGAAGCGUCUGCGUGUUCUAAACAAUGCCUUAUUAAGGGCUGUGUAUGUUUGUGCAGUUGUGAAAGUAUGUGUAUGUAUGUAUGUAUGUAUUUUGUAAUGAGUUUUAAUAAGAAUGUACAGUGUUUCUGUGUGUGUAUUAUGUAU